UUCAUAGAGGAUCUUCGUGUUCGUCAAACCGCAGAGCGACUGAUCACCGACCUGCGCGAGAGGACGCUGGAAAUAUCCCCACAAACCGCCUGGAAAUACUACUUCUGUCCGAAGUACUGUUUGGAGUUUAAACCCGAUUAACGGAGCUCAUCCGAAAACCCAGGAAACGUUGGGAAGUGAGAUUAAAGGGAAAGAGAAAAGUAAUCCUCCUGCCUGAUUGGUGCAGUGAUCCCUCUGAAUGUCGGUGGCCCCUGACCCCCAUCCUGACCCCUGACCUCAGCAUCCUGAUGUCCCCUCAGCUCCACCUGGAGUCAAGCAUCUGACUGGCUUCAGUGUUCACAUGUUGCCAUGACGUUCUGAUCUGUGCAGCUUCCAGACUACAUUUCCCAUGGAGCCAUGCACAGACCCGCUCACUGUUGUACCAUGGAGCCACCAGUCAGGGUUUUGGACCCAAAGCAGUCGGUGAAACACAAGAGGACCAGAUUUUGUGAUAUCCCCAUCAGAACCUCGUCGCCUCCCGCCCGCUGAGCAUCCUCCUCCUGCUGUGGGUUUACGUUGUAUCAGGGCCAGGACUUCUUCUCUGUCCAGACCAGAAGUUCCAGUGUACAGAGGGUCCAUCCGGGUCCAGGUCCGGUCCGGCUUCAGGAUGGCAGGUCUGACCUGUUGGACUGUGAUGGCCGCUGCUCUCCUGCUGUUCCUUAGAGCUGAUGCUGCAGGCCAGAACCCGGACUACGUUCUUCAGGGGACGGGGGUAAAAAGUGAUGCUCGGCGGUCCGGCGAGGACGCAACCAUCGCGCCCGAGGACCUCCCACGAUUCCUCAGCUGCUACUGCUCCGGACACUGUCCUGACGACGCCACCAACAACACCUGCCAGACCAACGGUCAGUGCUUCGCCAUCAUCGAGGAGGACGAGCUCGGAGAAGUCCAGCUCACAUCAGGCUGCAUGAAGUAUGAAGGCUCACACUUCCAGUGCAAGGACUCCCCCAACGCUCAGACCAGGAGGACCAUCGAGUGCUGCAACACCGACUUCUGCAACAGAGACCUGCAGCCCACCCUCCCCCCACAGAGUCACGACGACGUCAGCCCUCACUGGCUGGCCUUCCUCAUCUCCAUGACGGUCUGCUGCUGCACUCUGAUCUGCGUCACCUUGGUCUGCUACUACAGGUACAAGUGGCAGACGGAGCGUCAGCGCUUCCACAAAGAUCAGGAGCAGGAAGUGUUCAUCCCUGUUGGAGAGUCGCUCAAAGACCUCAUCCAUCAGUCUCAGAGCUCUGGCAGCGGCUCAGGGCUCCCCCUGCUGGUGCAGCGGACCAUCGCCAAGCAGAUCCAGAUGGUGCGUCAGAUCGGGAAGGGUCGCUACGGCGAGGUGUGGCUGGGCCGCUGGAGGGGGGAGAAGGUGGCCGUCAAGGUCUUCUUUACCCGCGAGGAGGCCAGCUGGUUCAGAGAGACGGAGAUCUACCAGACGGUCCUGAUGAGACACGAGAACAUCCUCGGCUUCAUUGCCGCCGACAUCAAAGGUACGGGGACCUCCACGCAGCUCUUCCUCAUCACCGACUACCACGAGGGCGGCUCCCUGUACGACUACCUGAAGACCACCACGCUGGACACGCCGGCGCUGCUGCGCCUCGCCUACUCGGCCGCCUGCGGCCUCUGCCACCUGCACACGGAGAUCUACGGCACGCAGGGCAAGCCGGCCAUCGCCCAUCGAGACCUGAAGACCAAGAACAUCCUGGUGAAGAAGAACGGCGCCUGCUGCAUCGCAGACCUCGGCCUCGCCGUCAAGUUCAACAGCGACACAAAUGAGGUGGACAUCCCUCUGAGUACCCGGAUGGGGACGAGGCGCUACAUGGCCCCCGAAGUCCUGGACGAGAGCCUGAACAAGAACCACUUCCAGGCCUACAUCAUGGCUGACAUGUACAGCUACGGCCUCGUCGUCUGGGAGAUGGCGAGACGCUGCGUCACCGGAGGUAUGGUGGAGGACUACCAGCUGCCGUACUACGACAUGGUACCCUCUGACCCCUCCUACGAAGACAUGCUGGAGGUGGUGUGUGUUAAAGGACUGAGGCCCACCGUGUCCAACCGCUGGAACAGUGACGAGUGCCUUCGGGCCAUGCUGAAGCUGAUGUCAGAGUGCUGGGCUCAUAACCCCGCCUCUCGCCUCACCAUCCUCAGAGUCAAGAAGACGCUCGCCAAGAUGGUGGAGUCCCAGGACAUCAAGAUAUGACCGCCCUCCUCUUCCUCCUCCUCCUCUUCAUCCUCCACUACCUAACUCCCUCAACCUGGACCGGAUCAAACCGGACCUGCUGCCUUCCUCAUCUGGAGGAGGAAGAGGAGGAAGAGGAGGAGAGGCUGGGAGAUAAAUGAAAAAGGACCCGUGUGGGGGCUGAACUGUACGCCUCCUCUUCCUCAGUCCUCCUUCCUCCUGGGCUCGACGCUUUCUGUGAAAGCCAAACAGGACGAUAAUCAGAGGGGGGCGGAGGGGGGGCGGGGCUCUGGAUGCUCUGAUGCCCCCCCCACCCCAGUUCCACCUUCCUCCACUUCUGCCUGUUUCAAAAUGCUCAAAAUGCCAAUUUAGUUAUUUUCUUUCCUCUUCAGGACCGAAUUCUCCUGCCAUGAAUUAUAUCUCCGCUCUGAAAGUAGAGUUAAUUAUAAACUAAAGGUACUACUAUUAUUAUUGUAUGUGAAAUGAAACCUGUAAAUAAAUGUUACGCUUCGAUGCCGAGGAUUUAAACCCACAACACUUUGCUGCAGUGGUAUCGACAUCCAGCCGCCUCCUCCCACAGGAGAUGGAGGAGUCGCUAUGGAAACGUGUGCCGUCCUGUUUGUCUGUCGACUUCCUGUCUGUCUGUCUGAUAGAUGGUCCAGCAGUUGUACAAAAUAAAAUGUAAUUGGUUGGACGUCCUGAGUUGACAUUAGUGGGCGGAGCCAAGAAGAGCUGCAGGAAAUAUCCUGUACCGAAAUGAUUUUUGUUUUUAUUUCCAGUUUCACCAAACACGCCGCUGUCAAGUUUCCUCUGAAAAUCAGCCUGAUUCAGUCGUACCUGAUGACCGGAGCGUCGCCUACCAGCCGUUCGACUAGUGACAAAUGACCCGUUCAUGGUUAAACGUGGAUCCAGAGCUGAUGUUAGAACCGAAGCCACGCCGGUGCAGAUCAGCAGGAAGAGUUCACCCAGCUGAUCGAUUACAGCUGAACAGGAAACAACCAGCAAGUCUGGGAUGGAUCGGUCAGCUGACUCAUCAGCUGAUUCCAGUCUGAACCGAAAAUCAAUCAACUCCCUGAUUGACCGCCGUCUUCCCAGAUUUAACAUGUCAGAUAUUCCCAGAGUGGCUCCACUACCAGUGUUGGGGUAGUUACUCAAAAAAAAGUAAUUAGUUACUCGUUACUUCUGUCGCGGGUAUUUUAUCUAGUGUUUUUUUAAACGUGGGCGAUUCACUAGUCGACAGAGGAAGCGCGUCCUCUACAAUGAACCUGCAGUUAGCUUCUUUACGUCUUUCUGUUACCUGCUGCGCUCCAGGACAAGCUGACGAAGCGAAGUGUGUUUAGGCGGGGUCGGCCAGCAGGAUCUUUCACCACAAGUUUGGUUUGGCCACGCGGUGCUGACAGAUGCUUGGACAGGCUGCUCGUUGACUCGGCACUAGCCGAUUUCACAACAGUAUUUGUGUCCGUUCGAGCGAUAAAGUGAAAGUAAUGAGAAUAUCUCCACUGGCUGAAAACCCCGUCUCCAUUUCCCUCUGCUUCAUGAGCAGCUACAUCACUCAAAUCGAUCUCUAUGGCAACGAGCCCAGGCAAGCACACCAACACAGGCAGCACACAUGCACCACUGUGCACACGGGCAACACGGCUUGGGUAGCUCAGAAAAGUGCGCUCCUGCAGUCUAGUGAAGUAGUUUAGUUACUGAAAUUUUAUGUGCAAUGCGUUUCUUUACUUCGUUACCCAAAAAUGUAAUAUAGUCACUGUAAUCCGUUAUUUUGUACCUCGUUACCCCCGUGGCUGUCCACCACAGCUGCUGUUUUCUGUCAGAACUACUUCUUCUACUGAAUUAAACCCACUAGCUGUGUAGCUAUACCGCCCCCCUCUGGUCACUUUUGGACUGGUUCAUGGAAAACUUGUUGGUUAUUUAUUGGUUUUGUGGUGUUUGAACUUUUUUGUCCUUUUUAAUCAUUUUUCCCCUUAAUGUUUGGCCACUAAUUUAAGUUUUUUUCAAAUGUCACCAGGACACAAAUUUACCAGCUUUAGGGUCAAUAGAGGACGAAAUGUCCUCUCCUAAAAACUGCAAUAAAAAUGAUUAAUAUUUUUCUUUUUUUCCCCAAACCAAACCAACUUCAGUCCUAUUUAAAAAUACCAAAUAUGUACAUAUUCAAAUUUAUGUAACCCUUUAAAUACCAAUUUGAUCACAUGAUGUCACUGUUUACAUGAAAUAAAACUUUGUUGUUUUCCAUAUAUUUUUUACAUGGUAGGGGAUAAAAAUGUUUUUACACAUUUUUAGUGCAAUUUUUUUUUUUUUUUGUUUUGUUUGUUUUCUGAGGAAAUAAUGUGGGUUUUUUCUGACGCAAAUAAAUUCACAUUUAUAGGUUCAAAUUUGAAAGAAUAAAUAAAAGAUGUUUUUAUUGCAGUUUUUGGGAUGGACUUUUUUGACCUCUAAUGACCUGAAUGGGUGGUGAAUGGAAGCGAGUUAAAAAGGUUGCUUCUGUGGUGACGGUCGACACCAGAGGCGCCGUAGCUUUGCAUAUUCCGGGUCUUUUUCCACCUCCGGGACGGUUUCACGCAUGUCGACUUCCUCAGACAGCUCGCAGACACGUUACCCACAAUGCCUCUCUCGGAGGAGACGGCUCAGCUGGUGAAAGAAUCUCAGACAGAAGAACUGAAGAAUCCGUCAGGUCAGAAACGUCACUAAGAUUUUUUUUUAUGUCCUAAAAACGUUAAACUUCACCUCCCGAUUAAAAACAGCUCAGCCUGCUCUGAUUGAUCAGCUCCUGUCACCUGAUCAGGCUCCGCCUACUAUUCUUUUUAAAGUGUAAAAUUUAGAAUUUUUAAAAUCAGUGUUUGUCAUGUCAACACUUUCAUCUUUUAUUCUUUUUUUCCUGAACCUGUUCCCAGACUUCUUGUGUCACUUUGUUCAGAUUCUGAUGUGAAAAAAUCGUGAAUCUGAAGCGUCAUGUUUUCGGUUUGGUUCUAAGAACAUUUUUCAGUUUUUUAAAAGAUUCUGGGUUCUCAAUGCUCAGUAGUUCUCACUCCUUCAGUUUGACCAUCGAGUCCCGCAGAAAACAUAUUAGUUGAAAACAAUCUGCCCCCUGGAGCUAGCUUAACUAGUUGGAACUAGAUGGAACCAUCUGGAACUAACUGGAACUAGAUGGAACCAGAUGGAACUAACUAGAACUGGUUGGAACCAGAUGGAACUAGUAACUGGAACUAACUGGAACUGGUUGGAACCAGAUGGAACUAACUAGAACUGGUUGGAACCAGAUGGAACUAGUAACUGGAACUAACUGGAACUGGUUGGAACCAGAUGGAACUAGAUGGAACCGGCUGGAACCAGAUGGAACUAGUUGGAACUAACUGGAACCAGCUUGUCCAUAUGUUAACUGUUAUUGAACUUGUCCUGUGGUCACAUGACCCUGCACCUCCAGCCUGCAGUGUGAUCAUCUCCAUGGUAACCUGACAGUUUCUGAAUCCCUUUAUUUCUAAAUGAUUUAGCCGAAGCAGAUCCCAUCAGUUUAGACCUGGUUCAGAGACUGGAGGCAGGUUGUUGAUCUCCGGAUUCCUCCGGACGUUUUUGAUUGGUUUGUGUAUUGGCGAGAACCGAAGUGAAGACGCUAACAGUUUCCCUCUGCUUCCAGUGUUUGUGCUAAGCUACGCUAACCCUCCUUGACCUCCUUCUGAAAAUGUGGGACUGUUCCUUUAACUGUGGCCCCUCCCUCCUGGUAGCAGGACGACGUGCACGUGUAGGCUGGUGUGCAUGUUGACAGUGCGGAUGAUGUUCACGCAGUAGUUUAUUUAAAGCAGUAACUGUAGUGUUUGUGUGUAACAGCGUAGCAGGAAUAAUAUGUAAAUGUUUUUGUUUGUACAGCAUCUGGUUUGGUGCCUUAUGAGUUUACCAAGAAAAUGAAAAACUCAGUAUAGUCUGUCCAAUGUACCAAUUUUUAAGUAAAUAACCUUAUUUUAGUACA